UGAACCCUCUCUCUCUCUCUCUCUCUCUCAAACACACACACCAGAAAGAGGCAUGUCGAUUUCACUGCAAUGGAUUCUGGUAGCUGCCCUCUUCUUGGCAACUGUUCCACACAAAUCAGCUGGGGAGUUCGAGCAAUGGUGCGUGGCCGACGAAGCAGACCCGGAUGACGAACUGCAAGCAGCUAUGGACUGGGCAUGUGCACAAGGAGGGGUUGAUUGCACUGCGAUCCAGGUGAACCAGCCUUGCUAUCUCCCCAACACUGUGAGGGCAUGUGCUUCCUAUGCCUUCAACAGCUACUACCAGAGUUCAAGAGCUCGGGGAUCUUGCUACUUCCGCAGUGCCGCCAUGACCACCGAGCUUGAUCCCAGUCAUGGUUCUUGCCACUACGACUACCUUCCAUGAUUCGGAUGCAUGCAGAUCAAUGGGCCAAGGCAGCAUGAUCCGGUCUCAGGUUUACUUGGAGGAAAUUCAAACCAGAGAGCUUCGUUAUCGUUCUACUUCAUUUUCUUUUCCCAAUGUAUGGACGAUUUCUCCUCAGAAAUCGGUCAUAGGAAUGUUCUUGCUGGAAGUGGUACCUAAAUCAUGCUUGCAAGCGGUUCUUUCCAUUGCCAA